AAGAGAUGACAACGGUCUCAGGUUCAGGGUUUCUGGAAUCGGCCAUGUGGGUGUUGGUGCGCAGUGGCCUGCCAGCGUUGUUCCACGAUGUCCUCAGGGGGGCCACUGGUGUUCUGCAGCACCUCAUGGAGAUUUACGGCCGAUGGGCCAAUGGGUCCCAAGAUGGCGUGCACCACGAUGUUCCGCCGCUUGGGAUUGCUGCAGCAGUCCACCAUCCACUCGUUGUAUCUGCAUUGGCGAAGCCUGAAUCACAUCAUUCGAUCUUCGCCUACCGUCUCCGAUUCGCAGUUUGAGCCGCGCAUUAUCAUACGCACUGGAUUCGGGGGUCCCUCCUUCUGUCUCCCCUCCCCCGCCCACAAGCUCGGAAGAGUCGCAGAGGGCGACCUGGAUCAGAAGGCCCUCCAGCUCUGCGAGGGCGUGCGGAGCACGAGCUUCGAGAAGGCGGGCGCCCUUCCGAGGAGUUCCUGCAGCCACUUCAGAGGUGGCCCGACCUGAUGCAGCCCUGUGCGGCUACCGGCGUGGUGCGGCGGGGGCCGCGGGGGGCGACUGGCGGAGGCGGAGGCGGCGGGCUGCGACGCAGGCCGCGGGGGCGACGGAGGCCGUGGGGGCCCUGGUGCCUGGCAUCGCUCGGAGGUGCGCGGUCUUCUCGGCGAG